GCUUCCUCUUCAAUUCACAGAGACCUUGGGAACAGGAAACGUGACGAAAUGAGUGGAUCAGAAAAGGGGACUUUGAAGCUGCGUUUACUACAACUUAAAUGCCACUUCACUUGGAAACUUCUUUUAGAGGACACAGACCCUGAUGAAUUAGCAGACAGAUUGUAUGAUCAAUUGACAUUCCUUGUCACCAAGAACAAAUACAUGGUGUACAAUCUACUGGCCUAUGUGAUGCAUCUGAAAGGGGACUACACACAAGCUAUUGCCCAUUUAAAGCGAGCAGAAGAAAUGAUUAAAGAGAACAACCCGACUGGGACUGAUCAAAAGUAUUUGGUGACAUACGGAAAUUACGCGUGGGUGUUCUACUACUUAAACCAGUAUGAAGAAUCUCAAAAAUAUAUAGAUAAGGUAGAGAAAAUAUAUAAGGAACUGAAAGAUACCAAAGACGUAGCUGAAAUUUAUGGUGAAAAAGCCUGGACAUUGUUAUACUGUGGUGGGCGAUAUUAUGAAGAAGCAAAACAAUGUUUUCUAAAGGCUUUGGAGCUGGAGCCAGAAGACCCUGAGUGGAACAGUGGAUAUGCAACAGUGGUCUAUAGACUGGAAGGUUUCGAUGGCAGAAAAUGUCCUGCUUCAGAAUGCAAAUCACUGGAGCUACUGGAACGUGCAGUGGAGAAGAAUCCAAAUGAUGCCGUGGUGAAGUCACUUCUUGCCUUAAAGCUUCAAGACCUAAAGAGGACUGAUGAGGGAAAAAUCUAUAUUGAAAAAGCCAUAAAUCAAGCUCCAAGUUCUCCAUAUUUACUCCGUUAUGUAGCAAAGUUUUACAGGAGAGCUGGAAUGCUAGAUGAUGCCUUGUGUGUCCUACAAACUGCAGUAGAUCUCAUCCCAAGAUCUGCAUUUCUGCAUUCCCAAAUUGGACACUGUUAUAGGCAAAAGUAUUUCAAUGACAAAAGGAGGUUUGGAAACAGGAACAGUUAUAUCGGCCAAACGGAGACUGAAAAAUUAAAUGACCUCGAGCAAAAAACCCUGUUUCAUCUUGAGAAGGCGGUGGAAUACAAGAAAACUUUUGUUUAUGCGUAUACAGAUUUAGCAAUAAUGUACUUUGCAGCCACUAAAAUUAAAAAAGCCGAGGACACGUAUAAAACCGUUAUGGCAUUUACCACUCUUACCGAUGAGGAGAAGCAGCGUAUCUAUUACAAUUAUGGACGCUUCAAGGAAUACAUGAGUUCUGAAUCUGAAGCCAUCAACUACUAUAAAAAGUGUGUACAGAUUAUUGUAUGCACAAUACAGAGAGAUUUAGGUGAAAAGUCUCUAAAAAGAAUUGCUGAAAAGAAGAUUCAGAAUGAUAUUCAUGAUGCUGAGGGUUUUGCUUUGCUUGGCUUUGUCCAUAAGAUGAAUGGAGAAAUGAACGAUGCAAUUGAUUGCUAUGAAAAAGCCUUAGAAUAUGACCCUCACAAUGCGGAAUAUGUGAGUGAACUCUGUGAGCUGAAGCUGGUGAUCUGA